AGAGCAGUGGGAAUAAGGGCAGGCUGUGCGCUGGAGCAUCGUGCACUGGGGAGAUGGAGACCGGGAUGCAGGAACCUCAGAGAGCAGGGGCUCAGGGAAUGGGAGCCCUCGUUAGUGCAGGCAGGGAGCCUCGGGAAGCCGUGGGAAGCGGGAGCCUCGGUGGUUGCAGGCAGGGAACCUCGGGAAGCAGGAGACUCAAUGCGUGCAGGCAGGGAUCUCAGGGGAGACUUGGUGGGUGCAGACAGGGAGCUGUAGGGAGCAGGAGCCCAGAGAGAACAAGCAGGGAGCCCCAGGGUGCAGGAGCCCAGAGGGGACAAGCAGGGAGCCCCAGGGUGCAGGAGCCCAGAGGGGAUAAGCAGAGAGCCCUAAGAAGCAUGGAUCUGUCACAUCACCAGGGGAGCCGUCUCACCGGGGCCGGGGGCAUCCGUGCGUACCUGUGUGCUGACUCGGGUGCUCUCCCCACAGGAGCAGGGUGGGCAGACCCGGGCCAGGGCUGAGCCAGGCCGCAUGGGUGGCACGGCAAGGCCAGGGCCCGGGGACCCCCGGUGCGGCUGAUCCGGCCCAUGGCGGCGGGCGCGGGCGCCUUCGCGUGGGCCACGUUCCCGUCCAUGCCCACCCAGCGCGUGUACUGCAGCACCGCACACCGUGAUGGGCAGCUCUUCGUGCUGGGCGGCUGUGGCGGCAGCGGCAGGGCCCUGGGCACCGCUGAGCUGCUCGACCUGCCCGCACAGCGCUGGACCACGCUCCCACCGCUCCCCACGCCACGGGCUGGUGCUGCUGCCCUCGUCCUGGGCAAGCAGAUCCUGGUGGUGGGUGGUGUGGACGCAGCGCAGAGUCCCCUCGCCUCCGUUGAGGGCUACCACGUGGAUGAGGGCAAGUGGGAGAAGAAGGCGGCACUGACGCAGCCCUCCAUGGGCAUCUCAGCUGUGCAGAGAGAUGGGGCCAUCUAUGCCUUGGGAGGAAUGGGUGCAGACACCUCUCCUCAGGCACUGGUCCGUGUCUAUGAGCCGGCAAAGGACCAUUGGCAGCCCCUGCCCUCCAUGCCCACCCCCUGCUAUGGGGCCUCCACCUUCCUGCAGGGCAACAAGAUCUUUGUCCUGGGGGGCCGGCAGGGCAAGCUGCCCGUCACUGCCUUCGAGGCCUUUGACCUGGAGACGAGGAGCUGGACGCGGUACCCCAGCGUGCCGAGCCGCCGUGCCUUCGCCGCCUGCGCCAUGGCUGAUGGCAUCGUCUUCAGCCUGGGUGGGCUGCAGCAGCCGGGGCCACACAUCUUCUAUUCCCGUCCACACUUCGUCAACACCGUGGAGAUGUUUGAUCCUGCGCAGGGUGCAUGGAGCAAGCCGAGCCGUGGUAUCCGCAUGAGGGAGAAAAGAGCCGACUUCGUGGCUGGCUGCCUGGGAGGAAGAGUGGUGGCUGUGGGUGGCCUCGGGAACCAGUCCUGCCCGCUGGACUCGGUGGAAGGGUUCAGCCCCUCGCAGAAGAAGUGGGAGCCGCUGCCGCCCAUGCCCACUGGCCGCUGCUCCUGCUCCAGCUGCCCGGCACCCAGCCUACUCUUUGUCAUCGGAGGGGUGGCACAGGGCCCCAGCGGGGCCGUCGAGGCUCUGUGCCUGCGAGAGGCACCCUGAGCCGGGCCCCGGGGACCAGUCCCGGCCGAGCAUCAAGUGCCUGAAGACGGGGACAGGGUGUGUGAGUACUGGUGCGUGCGGGUGACCCGGCUCCGGAGCGUCACCGUCCCAUGGUGCCGGAGCAGCUGUGGUGUCUUGCUGUGCCAUGGAAUCACCUCUGGGCUCCUGCAGCACUGUGGUGAUGGAGCCUGGGGUUAAAGCCUGCCUGGUGGGAGGGCUGUGGCCGGUGGCAUAGAGGGAGCAACGGUGGUAGGACAGGCGCUGGCCAUGCUGCCCUGUCCGUGCCAUGUGUGUAGCAGUAAGUGCUGUGUCGUCGUAGACCCAGUCGAUGUCUCAUGUAGCAGAGGUGCCCUGUAGCUCAGUGCCUAGGAGGUGAUGUAGCACCUCAAAUAAACGAAACACGUGGAGUUUUA